UUAUUCGCUUCUUUCUUCCUUUCAAUUUCAAUUUCAAUAGGUGUGUACGGUUUCCGUUUGACGGAGUGUAUGUUUAGUCAUCACCACUUUGUAUCAAUUGAUUUUUUAUUGAUUCGUGGAAACUUCCAGAACGAUGUCGAGCGUUUACAGCGAUAAGUCGUCGUCGACGCCGGCAGUUACCGCCGGCGGUUUUGGAGGAGAAAUCAUGUUGUUUGGUGUGAGAGUAAAAGUGGAUCCUAUGAGGAAGAGCGUGAGUCUAAACGAUCUUUCACAGUACGAGCAACCGAAUGCUAACAACAACAACAACGGCGGUGAUAACAAUGAAUCCUCUAAAGUGGCUCAGGAUGAAGGUUAUGCCUCUGCAGAUGACGCUGUUCAACAUCAGUCCAACAGUGGUCGCGAGCGUAAGAGAGGAGUUCCGUGGACAGAGGAAGAGCAUAAGUUAUUCCUUUUAGGAUUGCAGAAAGUGGGAAAAGGAGACUGGAGAGGAAUCUCUCGUAACUUCGUAAAGACUCGCACACCGACUCAGGUUGCAAGUCAUGCUCAGAAAUACUUCCUCCGGCGAAGCAACCUCAACCGUCGCCGCCGUCGAUCUAGCCUCUUUGAUAUCACCACUGACUCGGUAUCAAUAAUGCCAAUAGAAGAGGUGGAAAAUAAGCAAGAAAUCCCAGUUCUAGCACCAGCAACAUUACCAACUACCAAAACCAAUGCAUUUCCGGUGGCACCAGCUGUUGGUCCUAUCAUAUUUCCAGUACAGAUUGACAAGUCAAGAGAGAAUCCAACUCUGUUGCGACAUGAUCAUGGGAAUUCACCGAUGCUAGUUCCUAUGUUUUCAAUGCCUAAUCCAUCAACAGCAAUUGACCUUAACGCCAACCACAACUCAACAAUUGAGCCAUCGUCUUUGUCACUGAGAUUAUCAUUGUCACUUGAUCAGGGACGAGCAUCAUCUACUAGACACUCAGUGAUGUCAAGUUUCAGUAAUGGAGAAAGCAUCAUCCGUGUGGCAUGAGAUCAAAGGAUCUCUUGAGAAAAAAAAAAGAAGAAAAUACUAGGACAAGAGUGAGUAAAGCUGGGUUCAUAAUUAUAUUAAUCUUAUAUAUUGAGGAAAAGUUUAUGAUAUCCAUGUGAUUAAUUGACUAGACUUUUGGUCCUGAUUUGUACAGACCAGAAAUAUGUCAUGCUUUGUGGUACCUAUUUAAUGCUACUCUUAUUUAUAACAUCAAA